CCAGAAUUUUCUCAUCUCCUCUUUCAGUAUUCAUGGAUUUGCUGUAAUAUUAGUAAUUAACAAUUAGUUCAAUCAUGAUUAUACCUAAGAUUAACCUUAGAUUUAAUUUUAAAAGAUUAACCUGAUUGGAUCUCAAUUUAAAUGUCCCAUGUUGUCCCUCCUUAGUCCGUAAAACCUUACUCUUACCGCUUUAUGAUAAAUCCAAUGGGUUACAGAAGAAAGAUUCUGAAUGUCUCUUGAAGAGACUGGAAAAAGAUUUUCAAAAUGUUUCUCCGAAGGUAAUUGUGGACAUUGGAUGUGGGACUGGAAAUAUAACGCAAAUGAUUUACUCCAGUUUUCCCGAUUCACAAAUCAUUGGUUUCGAUUGCAGUGAAAAGAUGAUUGAAUUUGCUCGUGAAAAUUAUUCAACCUCCAACCUCAACUUCAAUUGUGGAAACAUUUGUGCCGAGUGGGAAGAACUGUCAGUAAACUUGGACAUAGAAGCGGAAUCGGUUGACGUAGUUACAUCUACUUUUUGCCUGCAUUGGGUUACGAAUACUGCCAAAGCCAUGGAAAACAUCAAUAAAAUGCUGAAGCCAGGAGGAAAAUGUUAUUUAUUAAUGUUUUCUUGGAGCUCCAUUUUGCCCCUUCAAGAACAGAUAACAUAUCAAGAACCUUGGUAUGAAUUGUUUCGAAAGCUUGAGGUUCCUAAGCAUAAUGAGAAACCCAAAUAUGGGACAAACUCUCAGUCAGAUAAGUCUAUUGAAUCUGAGCUUACUCGGCGAACCUCAACCUCUCAAUUAGCUGAUUCCCAACAUUUGCUUGAUUUGGCUAAGCCCAAGUCUAAAUCUUCAGCAAUUCGUAGGAAAUCAUCGGCUCCGUUCCCUGUUUAUGAGAUUCCUCCUGCAAAAGAACGAAUUGAUCACUGGAUUAAAUUGUGUGAAACUGCAAAUUUGAAGCCUAUUGAAGUGGCAAUACAUGAUUCGACUUUCACUUAUGAAGAUAUUGAAGGAUUCAAAGGUGAAUUAGUAUCUUUGUGCCACUUUCUGGCUCAUGUUCCGAAAGAUUUACACUCGCAAUUUCUGAACGACUAUUUUGAACACAUGAAUAGGUGUUUCAUUGCACAUCAGAAUACUUUGCCAAAGAUCAACGUAGAUUACCAAUUUUUAACUGCCAUAGCCGAAAAACCUGCGACCACUGACACCAAGAAUAAGAUUAACAAAGAUGAAAACCAAAAUGAAUAUGAGACUGAAAUCUAAUUGGCAAUUAUUCGCUCUAAAUUAGCAUUCCAAUAUAUUCGUAUGUCUAUAUGAUCUAACAAUAAGUAAGCUAACUUGUAAGCUAUUCAGUAAAAUUGAAUGACUAACUAUUAAUAAAUAUCUAUUA